UCCAGCUGACCGGACCAUUGGAGACCCUGAGGGGUACCACAGCGAGAGGAAGUUAGAUCCAUACGUAUGCUGAAGCUGUCUGAGGAAAAGGACAAAUCACAGUACUAGAAAGAAAACAGGAACAGCAUUCUCAAAACUCAUGGUUAAAGCAGAUCCUCAGACCAGAGAAGAAACACGGGAUAUUUGUGUUUAGUCCAGCUCCAACAACUGCGUGCAUUAUACCCAACGACCACUGCGUAUAAAACCUAUACGUUACAUAAACAUUCCCUGGAACAGGCACUGAACUGCCCGAAAGUCUAGCCCGGGGAAAACCUAGGUAUCCAAUGGAAAUUUAGUAUUUCAAGGUGGUUUCUUGAUGGUAAUAAGAAAAGCAUGGAGCCUUUCCCUUGGUCGUGGUCAGCCUCCCUUUGCUGAUCUGCUCUGUGGUGCUGCCAGUAUGCAAAACCAUGGUCUGUCUCCCUUUGGUGUCCCAUUUCCUUCAGGGAAUCGGCAUCUUCAGGGAAUCGGCAUCUUCCCUCUCGCGGUCCCCUGUGGCUGCAGGGCACUCAGUUCUGCUGUAGAUCUACUCUUACUCGCUUCUCAUUUAGAUUACUCCUCAGAAUGCUUCCUGUUCUUUUUAUGAAUAUAAGUUGGAUCUCCCCAAAGGAAAGAACCCAAACACAGAGGGAACUAACAUGGUGCUUGCUGAAAACUACGGGCUCCGCUGCCAUUCCCGCGCACCUCAUCGGCUCAAGCUGCCACGACACCGCUCCGAGUGCCGGCUCCAGCCUGCCGACCGGUAGCCCUGCCCUUCCCCACCGCCUGGGGAGAAACCCACGUCCCCGCCGCUCGGAGGAACAGCGCAGCACCUGCCGCAGGAGGAGCGACCGCAGCGCCAGGCAGCGGCCCACCCCCACCUCGCAACGCUGGCAGCGAGGGGCGCUGCAGCGGCGGGUAACGGUCGCUGCCCCGCGCAGGCGCAGCAGAGCAGAUCCCGCUGCUUUCUCCCGAGAGCUUCCGAGCCCGUUCAACGCCUCCCCCCGCCACCCGGCGAGCCUGCGCACCACGGCGAGGGCGCCGGAGGGAGGGAGGGAGGGAAGGAGGGGAGCCUUCCCAACGUCCUUCCUCCUUCCCCUUCCCACGGCUCGCGGCGGGACCGAACCCUCCCCCAGGGGCGGCCAACGCGCAUGUGCGGUUGCCAGGGCGGCCGUCUCCGGUGAAGGUUUAAAUUCGGCGGGGCAUGCGCAGUACUGUUUCUGGCCCUGGAGCGGGGGACGCCACAUUGGAGCGGCGACGGAGCGCUCCGGGCAGCGCCGAGACGGACUACAUGAAGAAAUAAUUGACUUCUAUGACUUCAUGUCCCCUCGUCCUGAAGAAGCAGCUAUGAGAAGGGAAGUGGUGAAAAGAAUAGAAAUGGUCAUCAAAGAUCUCUGGCCUACGGCUGAUGUCCAAAUAUUUGGCAGCUUUAGUACCGGGCUUUAUCUCCCAACUAGUGAUAUUGAUUUAGUUGUUUUUGGGAAAUGGGAACGCCCCCCUUUACAACUGCUGGAGCAGGCACUAAGAAAACACAGUGUGGCUGAGCCGUAUUCCAUUAAAGUACUUGAUAAAGCUACGGUACCAAUAAUAAAACUUACUGACCAGGAGACAGAAGUGAAAGUUGACAUCAGUUUUAAUGUGGAAACUGGUGUGAAGGCAGCUCGAUUUAUCAAGGAAUACAUGAAGAAAUAUUCUUUGCUGCCAUAUUUGAUUUUAGUGUUAAAACAGUUCCUCCUUCAGAGGGACUUGAAUGAAGUUUUUACUGGUGGAAUUAGCUCUUACAGCCUAAUUUUAAUGGCAAUUAGUUUCCUGCAGCUGCAUCCAAGAAUUGAUGCCAGAAGAGCUGAUGAAAACCUUGGAAUGCUUCUCAUAGAAUUUUUUGAACUCUAUGGAAGGAAUUUUAAUUACUUGAAGACUGGUAUUAGAAUAAAAAAUGGAGGUGCCUAUAUUGCCAAAGAAGAAAUCAUGAAAGUCAUGACCAAUGGAUACAGACCAUCCAUGUUAUGUAUUGAAGAUCCUCUCCUGCCUGGAAACGACGUUGGCAGAAGUUCUUACGGUGCCAUGCAAGUGAAACAAGUUUUUGAUUAUGCCUACAUUGUUCUUAGCCAUGCAGUAUCACCACUUGCAAGAUCAUAUCCAAAUAGAGAUUCUGAGAGCACAUUAGGUAGAAUCAUCAAAGUGACUCAAGAGGUGAUUGACUACAGAGCCUGGAUUAAAAAGAAGUGGGGGAACAAAAUUAAUUUAUCACCUGAACUUGACAACAGGUUGAAAAUAAGAGACCAGAUUGCUCCGUGCAGUGGAGAACAGCAGCAGAACAGAGACUCGCAACCACCUUACAACCAACACUUGGCUUUGUCGUUGGCUAGCACACAGCAGUUGUCCUCUGGGUCAUCUGCCUCUUCUGUAUCAUCACUCUCCGGCAGUGACAUUGAUUCUGAUACACCACCUUGCACAGCUUCUAAUGUUUACCAGUUCAGUCUGCAAGCACCGACUCAGCUUAUGGCCAGUUUACCACCCGCAUUGCCUAUGCCAAGUGGUAAACCCCAAUCUGCGCCUACGAGAACCUUGAUAAUGGCCACCAGUAAUCAGCAGCACAGUGGAAUGAAGUUUUCCAUGAAGGGGGCUCAUAACCAUAAUCAAGGCAAUGGCUACAGUCCUGUCAGUAGUGGAGGCAUGAGGCAACCAGUUGGUAACCGAGGACACCACCAGUACAAUCGUAAUAUAUGGAGAAGAAAAAAACACAGAGACAGUUUGCCUAUUAGUCUUAGCAGAUAAUGGCAGAUGCCAAUAUGACCUUCCCCAGUUUGGACUGAAACAGAGUGAGUGCCACUCGACUUGGGGCAUGGAGACCAGCGUCCAGCACAUUAUUUUAUUGGUGUUGCCAAAUAUCUGCAGCUGACUUCUUUGCAUGUUUCUUUGUGUGGUGGUGAAGUCCAUCUUCAAGAAGUAGUUGUGCUUAUCUGUGAAGCCUUAUUAAAUGUUUGUUUUUCUGCCUUCCCACAAUGGUUCAUCCAGUGCCGAAGCAGCUCUGACAGUAGAACUGCAAGGACAUUUACAAAUGCUGUGGCUUUUUUUGCUGUGGCUACAUCUGUUCCUUUGUGGGUUUCAUUUUCUUUUAUUUUAGAAGUGAAGGAAACUUCAGUUGGAAUUCUUUUCCUUGCAGCAAAUCCAAUUGGGAAUUCAUGAAAAUAAAUUUGCUGCUCUUCUAUUUUUGUUUCAAAGUUCAGAAUUGUUGCUCUGUAAAUAUUGGAAGUAUAAUUUGUGCAAUAACUUGGAAUUUUUAAUUUAAUUUCAUAUUGUCACAUAAGUUAUAUUUAAGGAGGUUUUUUUUUUAAUUUACAGAUCCUUUCCCAGGUUGCAUUAUCUAAGUUGGGUUCAUAGUUUUGGCAGGUUGUCUGAGCAGUGUUACAAACAUGACAUUUGGUAAUAUUCAAGGCUUCUUGAUUCACAAUGAAAGGCAAUUUGGCUUACAGUUUUAAGAAGGUAUUAAGCUCCAAAGCAUUUCGACCCUGUGUUUUUUAGCUCAUUGUCUGGCCUUUAUCAGUUGUCUUGCUCUGACCGAUGAGUUUUAUUUUAUUCCUUUAACUAGAAAACAAAUCCAGCAUUCGUAGUACCAGAAGUAAAACUUCCAAGGGAAUGGGGGAGAAGGUUGGUUUAAGUUUUGACAUGAAAUUUAAAAGCUGUGAACUACAUGAUUUGGUGCGUUUUAGUAAUGUAACCUGUUAAUGUUUGGGUUCAAACAACAUUAUUAAACAAAGAUACCCGGCUUAAGGAAUGUGGAGAAAGGAAAUAUGUUGAUUCCAUUAAGGAAUCUGUAUAGCAGUAUGCAUUAGUUCUGUUAAGAGCAAAUAUAUAAAAAGUACUUCAGCUGCUCUAAGCAUUACAAGAAGUAUCUUUUAAUGUAUUGCAGGAGAGCACAGCCCAGUGUUGUACACAGUAUGAGUGGCUGGCACUUAAUUUACAGAUGCAUACAGGUAUACUAUGCAAGUGUGUAUUGCCAUGACAAACACUGUCUUUAACUUUUUGAAAAAUGUACAUCCUGCCUAACCCUGAGUUUUUAAAGCACCACAGUUGUCCUGGGAGUAGGUCACAUCUCAUGCCCUCUGACUUCCCAUUUUUUUUAAUGAGUUCUUAAACUGUACAGAAAACUACGGAUCAGUUAUAUCAAAGUCCAUUAGCAGAGAGAGAUGAAGAAAAGUCCUGUUGACAGGACAUCUAUACUGUGUACAGUUAUAGAAAGUUUUAAAACUGAUACCUGAGUAUUAAAAUGAGGUGUCUAGUAUAAUGAAGCUUUUUAAUAUGCAGUAUGCCUUUGAAGCAGUAGUUCAUGUUAUUACUGAAUCUGUCAAAUCCAAACAGGUCUUUGCGGGGAGAGAGGGCAACAUUCCAAAGUAGAGUAGUGCAUAUCUGUUUACAAAAAGUUUGUCUUAAUGCUCCAGAUUCAUCACAAUUUUAAAAGAUUGUGAGCUGAUUCAUAAAUAAUAUUUAAGGGCUGUUACAUGAGCCUGUACUGCUUAGUCUUCACACACUAGCAAUAUUCACCAUAAAACUACAUUAAAGAGCCUUCAAAGGCUUUAGUUGGUGUCUUAUAUUAGCGUCCAUUUUAAAACAAAGUUCAUUUAAAAAGUGGUAUCAUGUAACAUUUCAGUCAUGGUGAACCAAAUAAAUUGGCCUAGCUAUCACUGUGGUUAUGUGCUACAGGUUUAAAAAAAUCAUGUUUAAAUUUUUUUGUGUGGACAACUAUGUGGAAGCUAAAAUUGACAUAUUUUUAUGUAAAGUUUUCUAUUCUUUGAUUUUUAAUAAACUUUGGAGACCAGUCA